UGUUACGUAACGAUUCCGCAACAGGAAAAAUUGCCUUGGCGGGACCUGAUGGUGGCCGGCCGGCAUAGAGAUUCCCAGUCACUGCGUGAUUGAUUCUCUCAUAACUCAGUCUCGUCUCUGUUACUGAUCAUCAGUUCUCAUAAAGAUACAGACUCAAAGAUUCCUACUCUGCUGCUCCCAUGGCGUCGUCCCUUACCUUCUCUCGGGCCCUCACAAAAGCCAACGAUCGCCACUCCGAUCACCCAACGAGGAUCACACGGCAAUUCCCCUUCGCAAGACAUGGGCGUCUGCUCCCAUUGCGCAGACUGCCGAGGGCACUGAUGGGCAGCAAUUCGUCUUCCCGAGCUGAAGCUCUGAUCGAUUCAGGGAGUCAAGUAGCGGCAGCGGAUGUUCCAGUACUCGACGGCUCGGAGGUAAUCCAGAGGAUGAGGGCAAGGCGAGAGGACUGGCAAGGCAAACAACAGUUUUUGGCUAUGUACUCGAGUAUUCUAGGUGGAAUAACGACGGAUCCAACUGCAAUGUUGAUCCCGAUGGACGACCAUAUGGUUCAUAGAGGGCACGGUGUGUUUGAUACAGCGGCGAUAAUGGACGGAUUUCUCUACGAGCUGGACCAGCACUUGGAUCGUAUUCUAAGGUCGGCAUCAAUGGCCAAAAUUCGGCCCCCCUUCGACCGUGAAACCAUUAGGCAAAUACUGAUACGAACGGUGAGCAUCUCCAAGUGUCGAGAAGGUUCCCUAAGAUAUUGGCUCUCAGCAGGACCGGGUAACUUCCAGCUUUCUUGCUCUGGCUGCCCUGAAUCCGCCUUAUAUGCCAUAGUCAUUCAAGACCAGUCGCCCUUCGACUCAGGGGGUGUUAAGGUAAUUACGUCUUCGGUUCCCAUAAAGCCGCCCCAGUUCGCCACCACCAAGAGCGUGAACUAUCUUCCAAACGUGCUCUCAAAGAUGGAGGCCGAGGAAGAUGGGGCCUUUGCGGCCAUCUGGCUUGACGGUGACGGGUUCGUGGCUGAGGGCCCGAACAUGAAUGUGGGGUUUAUCACGAGGGAGAGGGAGCUCUUGAUGCCCUGCUUCGAUAAGAUUCUCAGUGGAUGCACAGCCAAAAGGGUGCUCAACCUCGCAGAAGGGUUAGGGAAGAAGGGUGAGAUUCGGGGAAUCACAUUAAGAGAUGUCACAGUGGAGGAAGGGAAGGCAGCCGAGGAGAUGAUGCUUAUUGGUAGCGGGGUUCUCAUCAGACCCGUGGUCCAGUGGGACAAUCAGUUGAUCGGUGAUGGCAAAGAAGGUCCAGUAGCUCGGGCUCUCCAUGAUGCUAUUGUCGAGGACAUGAAAUCCGGACCAUCCUCAGUCCGAACUCCUGUUCCUUACUGAGCCCAUGUUCGCAGCAUUUCAGAUUGUCACUCGAUAUGCAGCAAGUCGGGAUGCGGGUACGAGCAAAAUACAGUUGUUGUCCAACUUAGUCCAGUGGCUGUUGUUAGAGUGUUAAGUUUAGGACGAAAUUUGUAUGUGCAAUGUAGCAACGUUACUGGCUAUUGCUUUCUCUGGUUCUCUUCCAGACUUCAAACUGAAACUCCACAUUCUUCCUCA